AUGCCAAGGUUCUCUCGUCGCUCUCUGAAACAGAGAUCAAGCGCAGGAGGACCGAUGCAGUUUUCGCGACUUGCCUUCAUCGCUUCGGCGAGCCUGGGGAAGAAGAGAUCUAUGACUUUCAUGAACAUUUUGCAGGUAUGCACAAGCUCACCAACGUGGUGCGGUCCUAUGGAUUCCGUGCGAGGAUGUUCGAUGUCCGGUGCCCAGUCCUGUACUCGAAACGUAUGGAUAUCCUCACUUCGUUCGGCUUCCUUUUAG